UUUCGAAGGCGAGGAUCUCCUGUGAAGAUGGGCGCUGCGCCUAUGGUCGAUCCGGCCAACGUCGUGCAAGCGCUUGUCAACACCCUACUGGAUGUCUUUGAUGCGACCCGGGACCUGUACCAAACGCUCAAGUCGAAGCAGCGGAGGGACUAUGAGCACAAUCUGAGGUCACGUGGAUACAGGAGGAGCCUCGACCAUGUGGACGAUGGCCCGGACGGCGAGGAAGAGAUUAUCAUGGACAAAGCCGCGGUAUUGAGAACCUUCGAUGUCGGGCUUGAUGAGGUUGGCACACAGUUUGCUGUGGGAGACGUCAUCUCGCAAGCUGGGCUACAGUCGCAAAUCAUCGUUCUGCAGUCAGCCAUUAUCACAACCUUCCUUUACGGGCCUACCUCUCCAGAGCCCAUCUCACACCAUCUAAAGACUUUACUAGCAGCUUCACGGGAAGCAGGGACCACAGCUGUCGAUAUACUGUCCGCCCAGCAGCAGCGACAACUCGCUGUGUUAUCGCCAACCCCACGAGCGGGCAGGUCCCGCGCGGGAAGCAUGAAAGCGCCUCCUUAUCCCAUGACUGCGACAAGCUCAGUAUCGACCGCGCUGGUCAGAUCGCGACAGGAGCCCCCCGAUGAAUACUCGCGCACUGUACAUCCCGCAAAGACGACGAUCCUCAGCAGACCUCCCGUCCCCAGAACCGACACCGAGUCUACCGCCUUCUCGGGUCCUACGUCUUACGGCACAGAGACGUCCCUGCAUUCCAACUUCUGUCUCUACGCGCUCGAUCUUCAACGACACGCCUCGCAGCCUCUCGCAUCGACCAUUAGUUCCGAUCCCUCGCCGUACUGCCCGUACUGCAAGCGCUCUCUGCACCUCUCGCCGGGGCGAUCCUGGGAGAUUUUCAAGGACGACGGCGCCCGAGAGCGCUGUUUUCACGUGCAGAACCGAUUCGUGGUGAAGUGCCAUCGCGAGGGCGUUGACGGCGGGUACUCGUGUGUGGUGUGCGCGACGAGCGCAAGCCACGAGACGGUCUGCGGCGACGUGAACGCACUGGUGAAGCACGUGUGGCAGGACCACACCAUUGGCGAGCUGAAGGCGGAACAGGAUAUUGUGGAGCUGGUGGAGAAGACGCCGGAGAGGAGGAGAGAUAGCGUCAUGGCGCCGCCUAACCACAGCCGGCGGAGCUUCAGUCUGGGCCCGAGUAGGAGUGGGAGGCGCAGGGUCGAGAGGGAGGUUGAGACGCUGGAGAUUCGGGCGCCGCGGAGGGAGAGAGAUGGGUGAGGUUUGUCUCGUCUGCACCGCGAUGUUCGGUGCGAUGUUCAAGGUUUACGGAACUCUUC